AUGGUUGACGGAUUGAUGAUUCGUUACAGGCUGCACCCGGUCGGCUGGCCCAGCUGCUGGGACCUCACCCGCCGCUCGUGUUUCGUCGACGUCGGGUCGGGGUAUGGCAAGGUGGUGGUGGUGGUGAUGCAUGUCGCCCUCGAGGCGGGCGUGCGGCGCGCUGUCGGCAUCGAGUGCGUCAUCUCGCGCCACCAGAUCGCGUGCCACUCGCUGCAGGAUGUGCAGCAUACUCACGUACAACUACAAUGUGUGACAGGCUCGCACCUCGACUUCUCGCACGUGUACGUCUUCGACCGGGUCUUCUCGCCGACGACGAUGGCGUCGCUCGCGCGCGUGCUGCAGCGCUCCCCCUUUCGCGUGCUGGUGAGCUACCGGACGGCGAGCGAGUGGUGGGAGCACGGCCUCAGCGUGGUGCAGCCGGUCGCGAAGCUGCGCCUCUCCAGCACGGGCAAGGAGGGGAUGACUUGCUGGAUCUACAUCAACAUGCGCUACGCCCCGCGAUGA